GCUCCAUGAGUUAUCCAAUUAUUUAUUUCUAGCACCUAUCGGUGCAUCCCUUUCCCAAUUCUAGCUCGAUAAAUUGAAUCUCCUCUCCAUUGAUUUUUACAUCCAAGAAAAAAAUAUAUCAAUAGAAGAUAAACAUGAAUUAUCCAAUGUUAUUGUUGUGCUUACUCCUCCUUGCCUUUGCCUGCACAAAGCAGUCAAUAGCUGCUGCUGAACCAGUGCUGGACAUUGAUGGUGAAAAGCUUGUAGCAGGCACCGAAUACUAUAUCUUGCCAGUGUUCCGUGGGAGAGGAGGUGGGAUUACAAUGGCUAGCAACAAAACCAGCUGCCCACUUGCUGUUGUCCAAGACCGUCUUGAGGUAUCAAAGGGUCUUCCACUUACUUUCACACCAGCUGCCGACGACAAGAAAGGUGUGAUCCUUGUUUCUACUGAUCUUAACAUCAAGUUUUUAGCUAAGACAACAUGUCCCCAAUCAACUGUAUGGAAGAUUACAAAGUCUUCGAACUCGAAGGUACAAUGGUUUGUGUCAACUGGUGGGGUUGAAGGAAAUCCUGGUUUUAAUACGGUGACCAACUGGUUCCAGAUUGAGAAAGCUGAUGAUGACUACAAGAUUGUUUUCUGUCCUACUAAAGUUUGUAACUGUGGAGUUUUAUGCAGGGAUAUUGGGAUUUAUAUUGAGGAUAAUGGGACUAGAACACUGUCUCUUAGUGAUGCAUUACAACCUUUCAAAGUCCAGUUCAAGAAAGCUUUGAAGAAAUACUCGUGAGUGAAUGCUCAAAACCUUGCCAGAGCUAGCUACUUCGUAGUAAAAGAAGUACCCUUUUUAUGCUGCUCUUGUUCUUGGUUUUAGUAUGUUAGUGGUCUCAAUUUCCCUGUAUGCCUUCUUUUUCCAAGUAGAGCCCAUGGCUCUGCUCUAAUAAUGUUCUCAAUGAAUCCAUAUGGUUUAUCAGAAUAACAAGGUUGGGUUUCUUGUA